AGAGGCGAGCACGGCGCUCCGGCAGCGCGCUCUCCAGCCGUGCUCAGUCGUCGCCGGGCUCCGCGAGGAGGGGCACGUCGGCUCCGACGCUCCGCGCGCGCGGCGUGCUCGCGCCGCUGACGGUCGGGUGACGAACGGUGACCGAGUGACGCCGCAGACGCUGAAGGAGGGUGGGGGACUGCCCGGCGCCACCUCUGACCCGAGACCUCAGCCGAGAACAGCAGCCGGUUUGUCGCCUAUCUGCCUGCUGAUCCGCUCAUCUGCUGGCUCGGCCGAAGCGGGAUCUGGCCCAUCGCUGGUCGGAGUACUUCGCCACACCGUACUGCUAGUCUCUUCGCCACCAUCCCGGCGGACACUCGGUUACAGCACGCCGACGCGAGUCCGUCUCCAGCCGGCUGCUGGGGGCAUACAGACCGGCAUACGGCCACAGGCCAGCAGGCCACAUCAGACGGGCCGCAGAGAGCUCGGUGUGCUGGUUUCUCUCACAGACCCACUGCAGGCCGCUCAAAGCUUGCGGACUCACCAGUGACGGACCGGUGACCGCCGCCACGCCGCCAUGAUCUCUUUGAACGGGACGGCGGCGGAGGCCGAGCCGGUGGCCACCGCCAGUCCCGGCUACCCGUGGGAGGUGCGGCUCGUGCUGAUGAUGGUGCUGCCCGUGGUGAUCGCCUGCACCAUCGUCGGCAACGUGCUGGUCUGCCUGGCCGUCUGCCUGGUGCCCAAGAUCCGCAGCCAGCCGUACACGGUGCUGUACGUCUCGCUGGCCGUGGCCGACCUCUUCGUCGCCGUGCUUGUGAUGCCGAUCGCGCUGCUCCACCUCUGGGCGGGCACGUGGCGCUUCGGGCGCACCCUCUGCGACGUCUACGUCUGCGCGGACGUCCUCUCCUGCACGGCGAGCAUCCUCAACAUCUGCGCCAUCAGCGUGGACCGGUACCAGGCCAUCACCAAGCCGCUGCAGUACUCGCAGUGGCACGUCGAGCGGCUCAUGGCUGCCUACAUCUGCGUGGUCUGGACGUGCGCCAUCGGGAUCAGCAUCGUGCCCAUCAUCAUCAUCGGCAACGAGCACGGCAACGACGACGCCUGCAACGUCAGCCAGAACAUCUACUACCAGGUGUGGGCCACGCUCAUGUCCUUCUACCUGCCACUGGCCAUCAUCAUCUUCGUGUACAUGAAGAUCCUGAAGGCGGCGCGCAUCAUCAUCCGACAGGAGCGUCGGUCGCAAGGUCACCUGCCCAAGAGGCCCGGCGCCGCGGAGGUCAUCAAGAGCGCCUCCGGUUACGACGUUCGGCUGUGCCAGGUGCACGAGGCGUGCGCGCGGGACGGCCGAGGGGGCGCCAUCAACAACAACGUGAGCAGCCGUCCGCGCGCGCGGCGCCGCUUCUGCCCGUGGUCGUUUGAGGUGCCGCGCGAGAAGAAGGCCUCGGUGACGCUGGGCAUCAUCAUGACGGCGUUCAUCCUCUGCUGGCUGCCGUUCUUCAUCCUGGCCGUGAUCCGGCCGAUGGUGGCUCGCGACUCCAUCCCCGACUCCAUGUCCGACGUCUUCCUCUGGCUCGGCUACUUCAACUCGCUGCUCAACCCGGUCAUCUACGCCACCUUCAACAAGGACUUUCGGCGGCCGUUCCGGGAGAUCCUGUGCCUGCGCUGCCGCAACCUGAAGCUGCUGCUGCGGCAGGAACAGUACUUGGAGCAGUACGGCGGCUCCCAGGGCUCCGGCUCCAGACAUAUGCAGGUGGAGCCAGCGCCAGUGCUGCCCGUCUCCGGGUACCGCCCCUGCCGGUCGAGUACCACUGGUCUCGGUACCGAUACCGACCCGGUACCGGUACUGGUACGCGGCGCCUCGGAUAUCGAGCUGGACCGGCUCACCGGCCGGCCGAGGUCGGCGGCGCUCCACAACGGCAUCUGCAGCGAGUCGGCCAUCUGAGGUGUGGGUGGGUUCGCGACUGGAUGGGUGGAACUGAGUGGGAUGGAUGGGCUGGAUGGACCCGCCACCCGACAUCAGGUCUACUGACUGAGGGUGAGCGCAGGACGGAAGGAAGACGUCCUCAGUGAUAUCGAAACAAACACAGAGGAACGCUGUCAGUGACCGGAGGAUGCAGAACGCCCCUGGUGCUCGCGGGACACAGAGAAUGUGCGUAGGCAGUGAUCGCGAGGCGCAGAGGGAUGUUGUUCUAGGCCGGAGGGCGUGAAAGGAACUCCGGGGACCCCACUGAGCUGCGUAGGAAUGGUAUGAACCCGAGCGAUAGCCCGGUGUGUGAUUUAGUGGCAGGCUGUGUCAGCCCCUUAGCUGUGUGAUAAGACGGCGUAAACUGUACACAUUAGGACUGUUCAGUGUUCAGAUGGACUGUCCGCAUAGUCUCGAUCAACUGAGCUUAAACGGACAACUCAGCCAUGGAAGGUCCAUCAAUGUGCGGUUAUACAAUCAGCUUAGUUAGUAACCUACUACCGAAAGAGAGAGAGAGAGAGAGAGAGAGAGAGAGAGAGAGAGAGAGAGAGAGAGAGAGAGAGAGAGAGAGAGAGAGGGAGAGAGAGUCGUAGCAUUUAUAGCCUCAGCAUCACCAUCUCGGUUUCACUGUAAAUCAAGCAUUUUGUGUAAAUUGCAUGGAAUUGAGGUAAAACUAUUAGAAUUAUGGCGCUAGCUACAGCUUAAAAAAUAUGUUUUUUAUAGGUUUAUCUAGUCAAUCAUCUCCGAUUGUGACUUUUGCAGAGAGACGAGAAGUGGCAACGGUAGGCCAGGCUUUAGGAGAUAUCAGAUAAGUGACGGCGACACACACAGAUGUGAACAGUUCAAUUAGACAUUUGACAGAUUAAUGGUGAAUGCGAAAUGGAAUGUUGGUUUCUAGUCUGUUUUCGAGAUAUUGCAAGAUAUGUUUCACUUUAUUGUGCUGUGCUUGCUACCACAUGCGAUCACAUUUCCUGUCACUCGCUCUAAAAAGUAAAAAGUAUCACUGCGUUGCGUCGCAUGCACACCGUAUUACUACAAUAUCAUAUAUCACUGCACGUUUCCGCACCACUACGUUUUCCUGUGUUCAGGUGUACCUGAGAUGAGUCAAUUGCAUGAUGGUUGGUUCAUCUGGUCAUGCUGAUAGAAUCUGUUCCACUGCUGCGCGCGUGUAACGUAUAACGUUCAGUGCUGAACGCUGCAGUGCAAUAGGCUCAGCCCUCACGCGGCUCUAAACGUUCGUACGCAUGUGACAUGUGCUGGCGGAUAGGGUGGAUGUGGUGAGUGGGUAUCGCCAUCGCUCACCAGACGUGUGCUUUUGUUGACAGUGAUCUGUUGACUGCGCACACGGGACUGAGUAUCUGAGCAUCUGGGUAUCUGUAGUGCGGCCUCCGCCGGUGGCGCCGUCGAUAGAGACGGGACACGCGCCAGGCCGCAACUCCCAUGGUGAUAUGUCAACAGAGGGUAGCCUAUAUGAUGGACUGAAUAAACGUCCACAAGCAGCAAUAUAUCAACUAGACUGU